AUGAAGUGCCUCAGCACCUUCUACACAGCGCUGUACGUCGCGGCCUCGACCUCCGUCGUCAGCGCACAAGACUUCUCCGGCUCGGGGGAGAUCCACAUCAUCAACAGCACGGACUUCGGGUCUGCGACGCCGGCGGAGAGCAUCGGGUGCCUGGACGUGAACGGGGCCUUCACCACAUCCCUCGACUCCGGCUGCGCGACCUUCACGCGCCUCGCGCAGUCGCCCGGCACCGUCUCCACCGACGCCGGCAACUGCAGCUUCACCGACGCCUCGCAGCCCGCCAACACCGACAACCCGUACGGCGCCAACUCGUACGCCUGGCACUGCCGCCCCGACUUCGCGGCUGCGGCUACCGAUUCGCUGUAUACUGUCAAGGGCUUCAACUACCCGUUCCUGUGCCACGGCGACAUCAACUGCUACUACGACGUCAAGAACAACAUGAUCAGCAGGAACGGCACGGCGCCGGUGUGGGGAUACGUAUGGGGGUCGCGGCAGACGACGAUUCCGGCUGGACACUCGCAGGUGCUAUGGUACUGGAAGCAGACUUCUACUGAUGCUGCUGCUUCGGGGGAGUCGUAGGGUUUAAGACGGUUUUUUUUUUGCUAGCUUUUCUUCCUUCUCUCCCCUUUUUUCUUUUAGGGUAGUUAGGGCAUUGUAGGUACUUUUGGUUGUUUAUUG